AUGGUGUUGAAGAAAAGGUUAAAUUAUGAAUUCAACGGCUACCAUCUCCCUGUUAUACCUAGAGCUCCCAGAUCAAUAAGAAGGAGGGCUUCACAGAAGAAAUCAGUGGAGGAUAGCCAAAUUUGUGCAUUCGAAUUACUGGCUGCCGUAGCUGGAAAAUUGCUGCAUGAGAGCGAAAGUUCUGCUUCAAGUAAUGCAGCAGGAGGAAAAGAUCUGUUUUGCAUUCAUAAACAUGGGCCGAAACAGCAACUACUAGAAGAAGGUAAAGCUUUCAGAUCAGAGUGCCUUGAUCAGGGAAGCUGCAUAGAAAAUGUAUUUAUUCCUGAAGCUACAGCUCAAGGUUCCAGUUUGAAGUCAAGUCUUAAAGAGUUCCCACAUGGCAAGAGUGGUUCUGCCUUGGAACGCACUUCUAAUGUUACUAGUCCUAAUUUCACCAAGAACGUUGCUUGUGAUGUGAAGUUGGAAAUCGGUGAAAGCAAGACUGCUCUUGAAAAUUUUCCCACUAAAGCAGAUGGAGGCUGCUCUAAUGAUGGAGAAGCAUCUGACUGCAAAAUGGAGAAUGGAAUGGAAAGACAGGUAGAGGCUGUACAGAAACAGAAUGGAGACUUGACUGCCGCUAACACCUGUGGUUCAAAGGAUCCAACAGAAAUAUGUGUGAAUACUCGUGCACUGAUUAGUUCAGAGAGUAGUGUACAGUUGCCCCUGUAUAGUAGUGCUGUUCCUAACGCUUCUUUUCCCAAGCAUAGGAUUGAUGUAAAGUUAGUUACUAGAGAUGAUGAUGAAAAUUCUUUUAGGUGCAAUCAACCAAGCACUAAGAAACGGGCCUUUAGGCCUCGAUCAUGUAUAGGCUACCGAAGAUUAAGGAAGAUGCUGAAAUCUAAAUACUGGAAUGUAGCUCCAAAGUUGAAGGAUUAUGAACUAUCUAAUACUGAUCAGAGGAUGAAGUCCAUUUGCCGCAAUAGGAAAACCAUUUACACACACGAAAGGUGUGAAUAUGAAGCUCCUUCUAAGAGGAGGAAACUUAUUGACCAUAGCUCAACAGAUGUACAUGAUCAGGAGGCCAGUAGUGAAAGUAUAUCUAAUAUACCUGAGAAGAACAUGAAGAGAGACAAGAGUGGCUCAGCUGCAUUCUUUCACAGAGCAAACAGAGUGUCAACUUCUGUUAAAGGCCAUCAAGCAUCUUCUCAGUCUAAGGAUUGUCAUGUGAAGUUUAGCAUCAAGUCCUUCAGGGUGCCAGAGCUUUAUAUUGAAAUACCAGAAACUGCAACUGUUGGUUCGCUGAAGAGGACAGUUGUGGAAACAGUGACUGCUAUACUUGGGGGUGGAUUACGUGUAGGUGUACUUCUCCAGGGAAAAAAGGUCAGAGAUGACAACAGAACUCUGCUGCAGACUGGUAUUUCUCAUUGUGGCAACCUUGAUACUCUAGGUUUUACAUUGGAGCCUAGUUUCUCUCAAACUACUACACCUCUUAAAGAUACUCCCAUGUUGGUACCAUGUGAGGCACAUCAACAAUCACCCAGGUCCCUAUCUAGUACGAUUUUGGAGUUGGGGUUUCCUCAUGCUUCAGGUGUUCCUCCUCUAGUGACUAACACGGGAAACCAUGUUGAGAGUACUCAUGAAUUACUUCCGUCUCCAGCUAAUGCACUAACAGAUGGAGCAGUCCGAGAUUCUAAAGCCUUGGUUGUCGUUCCACCUAUGAGUGUUGAGGCACUUGCUGUGGUUCCCAUGAACCAUGAAACUAAGCAUUCUAUUCUUUCGCAGCGUAGAACUAGGAGACCUUUCUCUGUGAUAGAAGUAGAAGCACUGGUUGAAGCCGUUGAGAAACUUGGAACUGGAAGGUGGCGUGAUGUUAAAAUACGUUCUUUUGAUAGUGCGAAUCAUCGAACUUACGUGGACCUGAAGGAUAAAUGGAAAACAUUGGUCCACACAGCUAGCAUCUCCGCCCAGCAAAGGAGGGGGGAGCCUGUGCCACAAGAGCUCUUGGACAGAGUCUUGGCAGCACAUGGCUACUGGUCUCAGAAUCAAUCUAAGCAGCAUGGCAAGCUUCAGGCUGAUCUCCUAAAGUUCUCGGAAGAUCAGAUGGAACAGCUUACACCUGAUCCUCCUCAGACCUCGUAACUGUGGAAGUCUUGUCCACUGUACUGAGAGAGGGAGAAGAAAUUUGAAAUAGGUGUCUAAUUGUGAUUUAUGUCAGUAAAAGAUAGAAAGGAAAUGUAAAAAAAAAAAAAUGGAAUGUGUAACAUUUUUUCCAUUUAUCAUGAUUCAUUCCCUUCUGGAGAUUCUGGCACUUGUAAAUUAUUUGUUGAAAUAAGAUCAAUCUAACAGAAUCGACAAGUGGUCACUUUGAUUCAGUUGAUUCUAUUGUUGA